AUGUCACAAGUCAAGAGACAACUCAACCACACUUUACAAUCAUCAGAACAAUAUCCACAUCAAGAAGCUCUAAAAGUUGUACCAACAAGAAUAAGAUACUUUGUCAAUCAAGGAUAUCAAAAUCAACCACAAUUACAAUCACAACAACCAAUACCAGAAUAUAAAAAACCUUUAAGAGUUCCAUUACCUUCUGAUAUAGUUAAACCUCCUAUGCUUUCUGAAAAUACUAGUUCAUUUGGUUCAAGUCUUGAUGAAUGGGAAUCUAAUUUAGAAGAAAGAUUACAAUAUAUUGAUGAAAAGAUGGGUAAUGAUAAGAGUUUUGGACAAGUUGGUGUUAAAAGAGGAUUUGAAAGUGUUGAAUUUUGA